AUGUGGAACCGCAAAAUUAAAGAGACCAGAAAUCCUCACCACUCUUCCACCAGUUCCGGUCACGCCGAAAUAUGUUCCACUGCAGCACCAGUGGUACAAGCAGUUGCCAUAGGUACGUCUGUACCUGUGACAACUGCUUCUCCACUACCACCUCCGACUACUAUCAAGUACGUGCUAAACUAUGAAGCCGCUGAGAAAUACUGGGCAACUGCGACGUUCCCCACUACGACGAAAGCUUCGGUAGUUGUUCAGCCACUACAAGAUGUUCCAGUCGGCUACGCACCUCCGCCGCCGCCAGUACCAGCUCCUGCGCUUGAAGGCAUUGUGAAUCCGAAACCGAAGGAGGUGGAGAAGCCCAUACACCAUCCGCCUCCACUCCCUCUUCAUGUUGAGCCAGUUGUUCCAAAGCCGAUGCCCAUAUCGAUGCCUAAGCCCAUUCUUGAUGAGCCAUUGAAACCCCACGGGUGUUAA